AUGUAUAACGUGCCUACAAGGCAAAGCCGCAAACACAAUCAUACUGUAGGAUCACGUCUCAAGUACCAGAAGAAUUAUGAACCAUUCCAAUACAUUCAUACGGAUGUCUUUGGUCCUGUCUCUGUAGACAAACCUUAUCCAUCUUGGUUUGUCGCCUUUACCGAUGAGGCCACUCGUUUUCGCUGGGUCUUCCCAUUAGAAAACAAAACGGCCGAUCUUAUGCUACAUGUUAUUACUGCGCUAGUAAACACUAUAAAACGUCAAUUCAACUCUAAGGUGCUCUGUUUCCAAUUUGAUCACGGGCGUGAAUACGAUAAUAAACUCCUUCAAAAUUAUCUUGAGAGUAAUGGUAUUCAAUCCAUAUUCAAUUCGGUAGCUGACUCCGCCUCCAAUGGUGUUGCUGAACGAAUGAAUUUGACUCUGCUAAAUGAUUGUCGCACGCUGCUCAAAGCUGCUCAACUACCUGACAAUCUCUGGUUUUAUGCCAUUCAAUUUUCUACAGUUAUUCGCAACUCAGUCUACAAUGAAUCCAUAAAAAGCUCACCUCGAGCCAUUGCUGGUCUAUCUGGAUUAGAUGUACAAAACAAUCUUACCAUUUGGUCAACCGGUUAUCGCUCAUACGAACCAAACCUCCUACUAAGUUACAUUCUCGAGGCGAACCUAGGUUUUGCAUUGACUCCAUCUACUCACAGUUACGAUACUUAA